AUGAAGAUUACAUCACUCUCUGAGCACAAGUUUACAAUCGUUGCAAAGUAAAUAAUUAAGAUUUAUUUAAUUUUUGGUUUAUAAAAUUUGGCUGUAUAGGAUUUUUUAAUUGACAAAAAAUGGCUUAGUUUAAUUAGAAUUUUAAUUGUAAAUGAGUGCAAGGUACCAUAAACAAGACUAGAAAUUCGACAAGGAGUUCUUGGCUAUUGUAGAUGCAUUUGGAGGCAAAAAUUGCACAAGUUGGACUUAGGUAGCAAGGAAAUUUGAAUUAUAAACAGGCGAAAAAGUAUAGAAAGCCAAUACACUUCGAUAUCGUUGGGAAUAAUUAACAGGAUAUUCAGAGAAUUUUACUAAAGAAUAACAAAUUUAACUAAUAGAAAGUGAUAUUAAAUCAAGAGGAGUCAAAAGAUAAGGGUUAAAUGAUUUCUAUUAAUUAACAGGAAUUAAGUAUUUAAAUAUAAAUUGAUUUUUAGAUUAUAUAAGGGAAGAUUUUGUAGAAUAUCUUCAUAACAUAUAAAAUAAGCAAUUCAAUCAAUUGAUGAAGUAUUUGCAAAGGAAAGGAAACAUAGAAGAUGUGGAAAAAAAGAUGCAGAAUUUAGAUUAAAAUUAUCACAUUUAAGCAUUUAUAUAUUAUUAAGAGCUAAGGAUACUUUGACUUCUGAAGGAUUUAAAUAGAAAAAUAAAGGAUUAGAUCCAUUUGAAUAAUAUCUUUGUUAAUAAUUAAUAGAAGCAUCAGACAUUUGUGAAAGAUUAUAUUUAAUGCAUGCUCGUGUAUUUUAAGCAGAUAGAGUGGAUAGAUAUUAAUCAUAUAUGAAAGUAAUCAACAGAAAUUAAUACAGAAAGUUAAUGUUUUAUAUAGAAUACUUAGAUAUUCUAAGAAAAAUUAGUGUUGAAUAAUGUACUAAUGAUACUAUNAUGAAUAGUGAAAUCUCAUCUAAAUAAAUAAAAGGAUCUACCUAAUAUAAUAGAAUUACUAUUCUUAAUUAGAGAUGA